AUGGCACUUCUCGCUGGACACUGGACAUUUGUGUUUGGACUUCUUGGCAAUAUUGUCUCCUUCUUGGUGUUUCUUGCACCCAUCUCGACUUUCUACCAAAUCUACAAGAAAAAGUCGAGCGAAGGCUACCAAUCAAUCCCGUACGUCGUCGCUCUAUUCAGUGCCGUGCUAUGGAUAUACUACGCGUUCCUCAAGACCAACACCACGCUACUCAUCACCAUAAACUCGGUCGGAAUCGUUAUUGAGACGAUUUACAUCGUUUUUUAUGUCGUCUACGCCACAAGAUCGGGAAAGAUUCAAACGGCUAAGCUUCUGGCUUUGCUCAUGGGCUGCGGUGUGGGAUUGAUCGUUGUGACUCAAUUUCUCGUGAAAAGUCCCGUGCAACGUGCAAACAUCGUCGGGUGGAUUUGCCUAAUAUUCUCUUUGUGUGUGUUUGUUGCCCCCUUAUGCAUAGUGAGGCAUGUUAUACGAACCAAGAGCGUCGAGCACAUGCCGUUCCUUUUGUCGUUCUUCCUCACGCUUAGCGCCGUCAUGUGGUUUUUCUACGGCUUAUUGCUCAAAGACUUUAACAUUGCCAUCCCGAACGUGCUAGGGUUCACCUUCGGCAUCCUCCAAAUGGUGCUCUACCUCAUGUACCGAAAACCGAGCGAAAGAAUCGAAGAGCAAAAGCUGCCUGAGAUACAGAAGCAAAUCGUGGUUCUUGACGAGAACAAAAAUGUCGAGAUCAUGAAGAUUAGCACGAUCGACUUGGGUUCGGAAAAAAUCCCGGCCGUGCCCCAGUCGUGCAAGACCGAAGUCGAGCCGAUAGCUCUGCCACAUAAUUAUCCCAGGCAAUGUGAAGUUUGA